UAGUAACGUUAUUAGUUACCACAAAAGGUAGUUGCGUUACAGUAACGCGUUAGUUUGUAACGCAUUGGUCCCAACACCAGUAGCACACUGACUUGGGUCAGUCAUAUAUAUUUAAUCAGAGAAAAAUGUUUGGGAUCUGAACAUUAAGCUUGAUAAGUUAUUUUUGUGCUUAAUGUGCGUUAACAAUCCACCUUCUUUCUUCCUGCAGGGAGGCUUAUAUUUCCUUCAACUUUUUGACCAUUACGUUUGUAGUGGCAGCAAUCUUCUUCUUCUUUCAGUGUUUCAGUCAAUAGCAAUCGGAUGGAUAUAUGGUGCAGAUCGUUUUUAUGACAACAUCGAGGACAUGGUAGGCUAUCGUCCGUGGCCAAUAAUGAAGUAUUGCUGGCUUUACAUUACCCCGACUAUUUGCUUGAGUACCUUCAUCUUUUCACUGGUGAAAUACAAGCCUCUCAAGUUCAACAAAACCUACACCUACCCAAGCUGGGCUUAUGCUCUGGGCUGGUCCCUCGGAUUGCUCUGCGUUCUACUGGUUCCUCUUUGGAUGUUCUUCAAAGUUAUCCAGAUGAAAGGGACAAUAGGGCAGAAGACGAACUGCAAUUUUUUUUAAUGUAUUUGUCAUUUG